AUGUCAGCACCGACGCGAAACCUCCUUGAAAAGGUGAAGAGAUUAGUGCCUCCAAUGUUGGAGAAGUUUCACAAAGGUAUUGAAACAUCUAUUGCCAUCCUUUUGAAAUUCCCGUAUUCCUUUUGCGUGCGCGAAACUCCCAGUGUAGAACCUCGAGCUAACUGCCGCGACAGGGCAACUUGGCCGUGUGGCCGUGAUUGGGGGGAGCAUAGAAGCCAUGUAAUCUGCGAGCCUUCUGCAGCAACGGUAAUCAAAUCCUACUCCCCCAACCUCAUGGUUCACCCCAUCCUCCAAAGCACCAAAUCCCUCGCCAAAACCAGCUCCACCCCCGAUCCCCGCCACCACGCGGAGCCCAUCAUCUCAUUCCUGCCUCGGAUUCACGUCCUGGUCAUCGGCCCCGGUUUGGGCCGCGACCCCAUGACUCAAAAGAUCGUUGUCGAAGUCAUGAAGGAAGCUCGCGCCAAGCACAUACCCAUGGUGCUUGAUGCGGAUGCGCUCAUGCUGGUUCAGAGUGAUCCGGCUCUGGUGAAGGGAUAUGAUGGAUGCAUUCUAACGCCGAAUGUAGUUGAAUUUGGACGAUUGGCGGAAGCGCUGGGAGUGGAUGUGUCCAUGGCAGAGAAGGGGAGACGAAGUGAUGAUGACGGGGAUAGGAAGCAAGGCCAGAGUGAAGCGUGUGAGCGACUGUCACGUGCGCUGGACGGGGUGAUGAUUAUUCAAAAGGGUAUGCAUGAUGUGAUUUCGAACGGUGUAACAUCCCUGAUUUCGGAUGUCGAGGGCGGGAGGAAAAGGAGUGGUGGACAGGGAGAUACACUGACAGGGUCUCUGGGCACAUUUUUGGCCUGGAGGAAGGCGUAUCAUGAGGGUUUGUGGGAUACGGGCGAGGAAGCCUCUUCCAAACACCAGGAAGCGGAGAGUAGGGACGAGGUUGAAUCCGAGUUGCACGAUGACGCUCAGAAAAUGAAGAAGAAAUUGAGCCCAAAGACCACGCUUUUGCUUGCUGCAUGGGCAGGAAGUGCCAUCACAAGAGAAUGCUCACGGCGAGCAUAUCUCGCCAAAGGGCGGAGUAUGCAGGCAAGCGACUUAACGGAGGAGGUCCAUAGAGCAUUUUUGGAUAUAAUUGGAGAGCCGGAGGCAUCGAAGCUGUAG